UUUUUCUUUCUCUCAUUGUGUAAUUCUGAAAUCAUAACUGUACUGUGUAUUUACGCUCUAGCACGAAACUUAAUCAACAAAUGCGUUAAGGGUUUAGUUAACUUGUUAUGAUAUCUUAAAUAUGGUUUAUGUAGUAUCCUGGUUUCUAAUUCGGCAAGUAACCCAUUGAGUUUUUCCCUGUCAACUCACGCGAGCCAUACAUUUCAGGUUCUCACAGUUCUAUAAUCGGUUAUGUCUUCGAACUCAAAUGCCAGACGUGGGGUCCCAAAAAAACGCAAGAUUUUAGAAAAAAUAGACAAAUCAAAAAAGCCUUCAGCUUCCUGUCCAUCUUCCCCAGACUCAGGCAGAUCUUCACCAGACUCAUCCUGUUCCAUAUGUCUUGGACGGCAUGAAAACAAGUCCUACACUAAUAACUGCCUUCAUGAGUUUUGCUUUACUUGCCUACUAGAAUGGUCCAAGGUGAAACCAGAAUGCCCGCUGUGUAAACAGGCAUUCACUUCUAUCAUUCAUAAUGUGAGACCAAAUCAUGAAUAUGAUGAGCAUAAAAUACCAUUGGUAGAACCUCAAGAACCUGAUCUUUUUGAUGAAUUGCUUCAUCACCCUUUCCGUUACAGGACAACAGUCACUGCAGAUAGAAGGAGAAUGUUAGCACUGGAAAGACUUUACGCAAUGAGGCAAUUUGCACAAGAAGGUGUGCUACCACAUGCAACUGAGCGUCGUCCCACGAGAAGUCGAUUAACUGGGACGAGUACCUUUCGCCGUCGAGCAUAUCAAAGAGAUCUGUGGGUUCGUCCACUGUCAGAUAUCACCGGCCGCUAUCGCGAAACAACCCCCGAAUUCUUUCAACUAAAUCCUGCCAUGACACAUCGACUUGUGCCCUGGCUAAACCGAGAAUUGAAUGUUUUGUUGGUCAACCACGAGAAUCGACUUUCAUACGUUUUACAACUGAUUCUCAGACUUAUCACCCAACUUCAUAUUCGAAGUAGAGCUUUUCGUGAAGCUAUUCAAUCUUACAUCGGCGCAUAUACUGAACAUUUCAUUCACGAGUUCUUCCAGUUCGCUCGCUCUCCGUACGAUAUGUACGGGUUCGACGAAAAUGCUGACUACCAACCGAGAAACAAUUUGCAACAAGAAGAAGUGGCCGUCAGCGAAUCUAGUGAUGAAGACGUGCCGGGCACUCGACCAUUCAGUAAUGAACAACAUCGUGUGGCCCCUCUUGAUAUUCCGUUACCCCCGUCCCCUCAACCUGGACCCAGUGGAAUUGGUCGUGGUUCUUCUUCAGCUGCGAUGAUAGACGAUGGACAAAGUUAUUCGGCAGUUCAGGGACAUUCAAAUGCAGCACGAAGACCAUCGGAUGAGGAUGAAGAGGAGGACGGAGAUGUUGAGAUCGUAGAAGUUGUCCGUCAGUCUUCCCCCGUGGUGAUUACGUUGUCAGAAUCCGAAGAGGACCGUGAAGAAGAGGUGGAGCGAAACGAAGCUAGCUCUUCAGCGUCACGUGGUAAGGCCCUCAAACAAAGAAGCCCUCCUAGCAACCGUGUUUACUCGCGCAGAGAUCAGCAGCAGCAACAACGCACAAAAUCAAAAAAGAAGAAAAGGAAGCGUGAUCGCUCUACUUCUCGGUCGCCUGAACAACUGCAAUCAACCAGCAGAGGCCGUUUUAGGAGAGAAACGGAAGAGAACAAUAAUGACGAAGCGGAGCUUUCAACUUCACAAAUUUCAGGCGGUGUUGUCCGCUAUUGGGAUAUGGACCCAGAAGAAAUUCGCCGUCGGUUGCGUAAUGACGGGCAAUUCAACCCGGAACCUUCAACGAGUGGAAGCAGACGUCGUCAAAAGCGAGGCAGAAACGAUUAAAGGAAAAUGUAACUUGAAUUUAAUCACAUUUGAUUUACCGUUACGUUUGUGUACUGCGUAAGGGAAAGUACCCAGCACCUUGAACGGGAUGUAUGUAGAUACAGCAAAAUUAAACAAGUGACGGUUUGCCCCUUU